GCGUUCCGCCGCUGCGGUUGCCGCCCAGCCCAGCCCGCCCCGCCCCGCUCCGCUCACCUCUCUGUCGGCCGCCGCCGCCGCUUCCGACUCGCACGGCCGCCGGGCAGCCCCGGCCGCAGCCAUGUCGCUCUUCCAGUCCGCCCUGGACUUCCUGGCGGGUCCCGGCUCCUUGGGGGCCGCCAGCCGCGACCAGAACGAUUUCGUGGGGCAGACGGUGGAGAUGGGCGACAUGAAGCUGCGCAUCAAGAGGGUCAUCGCGGAGGGUGGUUUUGCUUUUGUCUAUGAAGCCCAAGAUCUUGGAAGUGGUAAAGAUUAUGCUCUAAAGCGAUUGUUGUCUAAUGAAGAAGAAAAGAACAAAGCCAUCAUUCAGGAAGUUUGUUUUAUGAAAAAACUUUCAGGUCAUCCCAACAUUGUCCAGUUCUGCUCUGCUGCAUCUAUAGGAAAAGAAGAAUCAGACACAGGACAGGGAGAGUUUCUCCUCCUUACAGAGUUGUGCAAAGGACAGUUGGCGGAAUUCUUAAAGAAAGUCGAAUCCAAAGGACUAAUCUCAUGUGACACAGUUCUGAAGAUCUUUUAUCAGACCUGCAGGGCAGUCCAGCAUAUGCAUAAGCAGAAGCCUCCUAUUAUCCACAGAGAUUUAAAGGUGGAAAACUUGCUUAUUAGUAACCAAGGGACAGUUAAGCUUUGUGACUUUGGUAGUGCUACAACUAUAGCUUACUAUCCUGACUACAACUGGUCUGCACAGAAAAGAGCACUGGUUGAAGAAGAGAUCACAAGGAAUACAACGCCAAUGUAUAGGACACCAGAAAUGAUAGACUUGUAUUCAAAUUUUCCAAUUGCUGAAAAACAAGAUAUUUGGGCUCUGGGCUGUAUCCUGUACUUGCUGUGCUUUAGGCAGCAUCCAUUUGAAGAUGGAGCUAAACUUCGCAUAGUCAAUGGGAAAUACGCCAUUCCACAGAAUGACACUCGCUAUUCUGUGUUCCAUGAUCUCAUUCGCUCUACUUUGAAGGUGAAUCCAGAGGAGAGAUUGUCAACCACUGAACUUGUGAAUCAGCUACAGGAGAUAGCAGCAGCUAGGAAUGUGAAUCCUAAAUCCCCCAUCACAGAGCUUCUGGAGCAAAAUGGAGGCUAUGGAAAUAAUGCUCAGCCUUGGACAUCUGUUACUUCACUUUCUCAGAGCUCCAAGCCUGCAGGACAGCUCAACAACAUGUACAAUGCAGGCCUGACCGUUGCGGAAUGUGACCAGACUUAUGGAGGGUUCUUUGAUAUUCUGAGGGGUGGAACAGAGCGAUUUUUCACUAAUAUUAAGGAUACAUCUUCUAAAGUUAUCCAGUCUGUGGCCAAUUAUGCAAAAGGAGACUUGGAUAUAUCAUACAUCACUUCCAGAAUCGCUGUGAUGUCCUUCCCAGCUGAAGGUGUAGAAUCUGCCAUCAAAAAUAACAUAGAAGAUGUGCGGUUGUGUCUGGACUCUAAACAUCCUGGACACUAUGCUGUAUACAAUCUCUCUCAAAGAACAUACAGGCCUUCAAGAUUUCAUAAUAGAGUUUCUGAAUGUGGCUGGCCAGCAAGACGAGCACCAAAUCUUCAGAAUCUUUAUAGUAUAUGCAAGAACAUGCACUUAUGGCUGAAGCAGGACCAGAAGAACGUUUGCAUUGUGCACUGCCUUGAUGGAAGAGCAGCUUCUGCUGUUGUAGUUUGUUCUUUUCUGUGUUUCUGUCGUCUCUUCACUACUGCUGAAGCUGCAGUUUAUAUGUUCAGUAUGAAACGCUGUCCUCCUGGCAUUUGGCCUUCUCAUAAAAGAUACAUUGAAUACAUGUGUGACAUGAUGGCUGAAGAACCCAUUAUUCCUCACAGCAAGCCUAUCCUCAUCAGAUCAAUCAUCAUGACUCCAGUUCCUCUUUUCAGUAAGCAGCGCAAUGGCUGCAGGCCUUUUUGUGAAGUUUAUGUGGGAGAUGAGAGAUUAGCCACUACUUCCCAGGAAUAUGACAAAAUGAAGGAGUUCAAAAUUGAAGAUGGAAAAGCAGUAAUUCCACUAGGUAUAACAGUCCAGGGAGAUGUUCUCAUUGUUAUCUAUCAUGCCAGGUCAACACUUGGAGGCCGACUACAAGCCAAGAUGGCUUCGAUGAAGAUGUUUCAGAUUCAGUUCCACACAGGUUUUGUGCCCCGAAAUGCCACCUCAGUGAAAUUUGCUAAGUAUGAUCUGGAUGCCUGUGAUAUACAAGAAAAAUAUCCUGAUUUAUUUCAAGUCAAUCUGGAAGUAGAGGUGGAGCCUAGAGACAGACCCAGCUGUGAACAGCCACCAUGGGAUAACAUGAAUAUAAAGGGACUGAAUCCCAAGAUCCUUUUCUCCACCCGAGAGGAACAACAAGAGAUUCUAUCAAAAUUUGGGAAACCAGAGCUGCCUAGACAGCCAGGUUCAACUGCACAGUAUGAAGCAGAAGCAUCCCAGAUGGAGCAGUCUUCAGAAAGUGCACCUACUGAGACAGAAUCCCCAUGCAGCAGUAGUACUGAUGCCAAUAACUUCUUUCAUUCUCUGGACUGGAAAGGAAAAAGUCCAGAAAGUGGCAAAGAGGAGAGUUCAUCUAAAAAUGAUUGUGUUCAACUAUCUGACAAUAGGGAGGAGAGUGAUGCUUCAGAUGAGGAACUACCUGCAUUUUCAGGUGAAGAAAGUGCAGUAAUUACUGAUGAAAAAGACUCUGUUACUCCAGAAGGAGAGUUGCUUUUUGAAGCCAAUUUCGAAGCUCCAUCUGCACUGUCACAAAAACCUUCUCAUGAAGACAAUGUAGACUUACUGGGACUAGACUCGGAUAUUUCACCAGAACAGAAACGGCCUGUCUCAGAAAUAAGCACUUCAUCAAGUAAUGCAGACUUGUUGAAUGAUCUUUUUGUGGGUAAUGCAUCACAGAUUUCAGAAGAGCCCACUGGUGAUCUUCUUGGUCAAGGAACAGACUUCUUUUUCAGCAGUCAGUGUCCAGCUGCUACUCAGGGUACAUCUCCAGCAACAACUGUGUCUUCAGCUGAUCCUUUUGACCCAUUCACAAUGUCAUCAAGUUCAGAGAAACAACCUGUGUCUGGUCCAGACCUCUUUGGGGACUUUCUUAAUCCAAGCUCAACAUCUACAGCUAGUACAGUUCCUUCCACCCAGAGUUCCCUUCCGCCUUUUUCCAGCUCAGAUUUCCUAAAUUUAGGGAAUUUGACACCAGAGCCACCUAAAAUAUCUUCUACAAGCCACCCAGAUCUCUUAGGUGGAUGGGAUUCCUGGGCAGAUACCUCAGCAACCAGCAAUGUAGCAUCACCACAGCUGAAGCCUCUUUUUGAAGGUCAAGCUUUUACCACAGGGAGCCAGUCCGGUGUAUCUUCAGGUUUGUCUUUCAGCCAGGCUAAAUCUCAGAACUUUGAUCCUUUUGCUGAUCUUGCCAGUCUUGGAUCUGGUCUUCCAGGUUCUUCCAGUAGUGGACUCGCGAGUAGUGGCUUUGGUCAGAAGACUGUUCCAUCUCAGAAGCUGGGUGGUCAGUGGCAGAAACCCACAAAACCACAAAGUACUUCAUGGCAGACCCAGACUAAAUCCAGUACAGCAGCCAAACCCAAUUACACAGUAAAUUGCAGUGUUAUUGGAGGAAGAGAAGAAAGGGGAGUCAGAACCCCAAGUUUUGGUCAGAAGCCAAAAGUUUCAGAAAAUGACUUUGAGGAUCUCUUAUCUAAUCAAGGCUUUUCAGCUAAAUCUGACAAAAAGGGACCAAAGACUAUUGCUGAGAUGAGGAAACAAGAAAUGUCCAAAGAUAUGGACCCCUUUAAACUCAAGAUUCUUGAAUGGAUUGAAGGAAAGGAGAGAAAUAUCAGAGCAUUAAUAUCCACUCUUCAUACAGUGCUUUGGGAAGGAGAAAAUAAAUGGAAGCCAGUCAGUAUGGCAGAUCUAGUGACUCCUGAACAAGUAAAGAAGUAUUACAGGAAAGCAGUGCUUGUAGUUCAUCCAGAUAAGGCUACAGGACAACCUUAUGAGCAGUAUGCCAAAAUGAUCUUCAUGGAAUUGAACGAUGCGUGGUCAGAGUUUGAAAACCAGGGAUCGAAGUCCCUUUUCUAAAACUUCACCUUUUACCAGAACUAGUUCCAAAACUGGAUCUGAGCAUUGUAGUGACCUUAUUGCUCAUAUAAUUUAUGAAGCGCUUUCCAUGAUUUCAGCAGUUUCUAAUCAUGCACUUAAAUGUGGUCAGGUAUUUUGUGGAGUGUAAAGCAUUACAUAGAUGCAUUAAGAAAACAGCUACUCAGUACUUGAAGAAAUCACAGUCUGGGAGUAAAAAUUUACUGUCAUUUUUAUAUGUGGUAAAAGAGAACUUUUAAUGAAGCUCCAUGAUUUCUGGUAUAGUAGUAGUAUAAAUCAUUCCAGUUUCGUUGAUCUUUGCUUUAGCUCCACCUUCCCCAAUCUACCUGUUACUUUCCAUAGUUUUGUGAUUUAAUGCUGAUGUUUGGUGCCUGUCGCCUUAUUCGAAGUGCUUUAGUUAUCACCAGUGAAAUUGCUUGGCUUAUCUUAAACCUGAAGUUGUAUAUUUUCAUCUAUAUGUAAUCAAUCUGAUAAUCAUUCUGCAAAUAAUGUUUUCUGACAAUGCCUGUGUUCCUUAUAAUAAAUUUACAGUUGAAUAGCCAAAAAGAUCCCAAAUGUGGGAAAGUCAGCCAGGGCUGUUAUAAAUUUUAUUUCUUUUUUUUAAAUACCAUGAAUCUAGAAACAAAUAUUUGCUUUGUUCCUGCUGUUUUGUUAUUUAUUAUGAAGCUUUGGAAGGCAGUACUCUGACUAGUGCUUGUUUUCCUAGGUGUCACUUCAUAUGGUGUCUUUUCUUCAGAUUUCAAUGGAACAUUCUUUCCAUUGGACUUCAGAUACUUUGACAGAAAUAAUGUUGUUCUGAAACUUGGAAUGUGAGAACAAAGCAUUUCAUUCUGAUCUGAUUUGUCUGAGUCAAUGCUACAUUACUCAUCAUCUGGAGAGCAUUUAAAGUGCUUUGAUACAUUUGCUGAAAGUCUCAACUUUUGUUUUUUUGCGAUAUACAUGGCAUCAUUGUUUGUGAAACAAUAUGGAGUGUAUUGGUAGACUGCAUUUCUUCUCACCUACCCUCCAUGCAAUAUGAGAAGAAACACGAUUUCAUAAAAACUUGCUGUUUUCUCAUCCUUGUUCAAAAGGUAGUUUUUCACUAUUACUGGGAUGAAUGAAUGCAAGUGACUGUUAAAUUCUGUGUAAUAACAAAACACAGUUUUCAUUGUACUUUGAAAAUUAGUGUUGUGGUAUUAAAGCUUGGGCAGCAGUCUCUUGAAACAGUAUAGUUAGGCAUUCAAGGGGAUAUUUUUAUAAUCUUGUAAUUUUCUACAUUUUGCAUGCUUAACUGAGAGGGAAGCUGUACCAUUAUUAGAGGUAAAUGUUCAGCUGAGAAACAACUGAACAAAAAACAUAUUUUAGUGCCACCUGAACAGUGUGUUGGAUGAGGUUCUCCUCUGCCACACGAGCAUGAGAACUGAUGGGUUAGAGACUGUGCACACAGGUUGCGAUUUGUAUUCUCUAAGCUCAGAUCUAACACAGGUACUUAUUAACCUCUGAUAAAAGGGUUUUUUGUGUAUAUUCACAUAUGUAUUCAGCUACUGUGAUUAUUUUUUUUAAGAUGGAAGCCAGAAACAGUUAUGGAUCAGGAAAGUUAUAUGUUAUUCAUAGGUGCCGUUGUAUUUCAGUUACUGAUUUGAAACGGUCUUAAAGCUCAGUAUAUUUCUUCUUUAAAACAUGUAGCCUGCUGUCUGAUUUAGAGUAAGAGCUAAUAUUUUUUCCUUGGGUCACUUUGUUAAUUUGUUGUAUGCGUGGUCUGAAUCCAUGUAAAUUUUUAAAGGCUUCUGCUGAUAGAAUAGGUUGGUUUAAGACCUGCAUGGCUUUUUACAGUUCUAGAGCAAAUGAUAGGUAGUAAUAGGUUUAAAAAGACAUAUGGGGAUAUGUAAUGACUGUGACUGCACUCCUAUAUGCAGCUGAGAGAUAAACUAUAUCUGAGUGAGCUGCUUUUAAUAAGGAAGGACUGCUCUAAAAACCUGUGUUCCUUUCAGUACAUACAGGCAACUUAAUUUUGAGGGAUGUAUUUUUAAUUGUUCUUUUCUUGAGAUAUAUGUGUAAAAAAAUUCAAACUGAAAAUUUGGAAGAAAGUAUCUUCCUUAGCUUGUGUGCUUGGUAGUGUUAUCUGGAUGAUGUUUUCUUGAUUGCUGUUCUUAUUUCUGUACACUUGUUUUUAAAAAUUUUUAGCAACAGAGAAGAACCUUAGAUAGUAUUUUAAGUGAGCAGGGUAAUACCAGUGCAUGUGUUUUAUCUGGAGCUGAAGAUCUCUUAAAAGUUGUUUCCACCCUUCCUGAGAGAGGGUUGGUAGGUAAAUUCUCAAAUAUUUACAAUGAGACUUCUGGUUUUUUCUGUUAUUUUCCUAGCUCAUGUAGAAGUACUGCUGAGUGGUCAUAGACAGGUGGCAGUACCAAGGAUUUUUUGCAGAAGUUGCUAUAAAUCAGGGCUUAUAAAAUGAUAGGGCAGGUUUCCACCACUUAUUUCUGAAUUGUUACAUUGCUGUUUGUCUGAAUGGUCAGUCAACUUUGCUUUUGAAGUAGAGGUCUGAAGAGUUGGUAUUAAGAGUGUGUGUGGCUAGAACCUGCCAAUUGGAGGAGUGAUGUGUUUCACUGUCUUGGAGAAGAUCAGUUGGUGGGUAUGCCUGCUUGGUGUUUCUAGGACUGUCAGAUUUCCUUUAACUUAACAGUGGGGAAAAAAAAGAGAAUGAACAGUAAGUAUUUAACACUGUGAUUUUAACAUUAGUGUAUGCUCAGAAUUGUUAGAGGGCAGUGAUUCCCAGACAUCAAGCCUGGGAGGAAAAGUUUCUCUGCAUUGUCAUGAGUAAAGUUCAGAUGCUAAUCAAUGUUUGCUUCCUUCAGCAAGUACAGAACAGAAAGCCCACAAUUGUGAUGAAGUGCAUUUGCUUGAAAAAGUGGCAAAGUCCUUGGCAUUGCACCUGUAAGGUCCAAUGAGAAAUUAAUGAGAAAUGCCUUGUUUACCUCUGUUUUCUUGCUAAUUCUUCAAUGUUGUCUUGCCAAGCACAGUUACAGUUCCUUCCUGAAUGCAGAAUAUGUCUAGAAGCUGUAUGCACAGGAUAAUACUUUGCACAAACCAAAGCAGAGUUUGAGCAUAACUGAUGUCUUGGCUGCCCUGUUAGGCUGCUGGGCUACAUGCAUCAUUCCACCUCCCAAGGCCAGACUGCAGUUUCCCUAGCAGUGGCAGAAGUUUGCACAGUUACUGACCAUUUCAUUCUCUGCUGAUCACAGGAAUGUAUCAGGGGUUGCAUAAAUGUGGAAACCUUGUUGGUCCUUAGCUGUGUGUGCCCUUAAUUGUCUAAAUGUACCAGUGUAACAAAUGCUUUGUAAAUAAGUUCAAAUUAGUCUUGUUGUACAAUUGUCUGUGCUUCAUGACUCAGUUGACAUAUUCUGUCAAGAACAUGCAGGUGAUGCACCUGUGAAAGCUGUAGAAGGAAUGUACCAUUUCCACCCCUUGAGUCUGUCCCUGGUGUGGAGUAGCUGUAGCUACCAGAUGCCCAGUGACUAGGAGCAACGGGUGACUCAGUGGAGCUGUGAUUCUGAUCUUGAUGCAUCUUGCAAUGCUUGCUUCCUCUCUCUUUGGGUGAGCUUCCUGUACACUGCAGUUUAGACUGCAUUAAGCUUCCAAUGUAUGCUCCAAAAAUACAAAUUCAGUUAUUUUUAUGAAGGAUACAUGUUGUUGUAGAAGCUUUUCUUACCAAAAGAGGAUUAAAAGACAUUGUAAGAACUUUCAAAACUCUAUAUUACUGUAUUUUUGCAAUGUAAACUUCUAGAAGCAACUGUCAUCUCUUACAAGGACCUAGCUUUCUCUGAGGUCCUUACUGUCUUUACCUGUAAUUGUGACUGUACUUUCUAUACCUGUGAUUUUUCUGUUUUCGGGUGUGUGGAAGGACAAAAUGGAUAUCAAGUCCUAUUUUUCACCAUCUUUCAGGAAAUGCAAUGUACUGAUUAAUUUUGUUACUAGUGAAAUGAAAGUUACACCUGUAUGUAUAUAAAGGUAAUAAAGUCAAAUUAAGCCUUGUUUAAAAUUAGAUUUAAUGUUUGGCACAAUGUCCUUGAACAGAAUAUUUUGCUUUGAAAUGUAUAAUGACUUAACCAGUGAUCAAUUA